AUGGACAAAUCAUGGAUGAUGGAGAAUAGGAUGUCUAGGGAGUAUGAAUUAGGAGUGGAAGCGUUCAUUCAAUUUGGUUUUCGUCAUGCCAAAGGUUCCAGUACUAUCAGGUGUCCAUGUUUGAAAUGUGGGAACCGUUUGCCGCAAGACGAAUCAACAGUCAGAUAUCAUCUAUAUGCCAAUGGGAUCGAUCAAAGCUAUAAGAUAUGGUUUUGGCAUGGCGAAUCUUUUACAUCAGAGACUUCAUGUAAUCGACAGGCUUACACGAACGAAGAAACGGUCGACGAUGAUUUAUUUCAUGUGAUAAAUAUGGUUCAAAAUGUCCACGAUCAGUUUUCUGAAGUACCUAAUACGUUUGACAAUAUGUUCGAUGAUGCAAAGAAGCCUCUAUUUCCUGGUUGUAAAAGAUUCACAAAGUUAUCAGCAUUAGUUAGGCUAUACAACCUGAAGGUUAGAUUUGGAUGGAGUAAUGCUAGCUUCUCCGAACUACUGGCAACGAUUAGCGAGUUAUUGCCUGAAAAUAAUAAAAUGCCGAUAUCCAUGUAUGGAGCAAAAAAAACGCUUACUGCUUUGGGCCUUAGUUAUCAAAAAAUAGAUGCAUGCCCUAACAAUUGCUGCUUGUAUAGAAAAGAUCUGGCAGACAUCAGUAGGUGUCCUAAAUGUAACAUUUCGAGGUGGAAGACAAGUAAGAACGCAAAUGAAGAGAUUAAGGGAGUUGCAGCUAAACAGCUGUGGCAUUUUCCAAUUGUUCCGAGGUUCUUAAGGAACUCCGAAUAUGCAAAGCACUUGUGUUGGCAUGCAAAUGACAGGAAAGUAGACGGUGUGUUAAGGCAUCCAGCUGAUACUCCAUCUUGGAGGUUGGUAGACCAUUUGUGGCCAGAUUUUGGGUCCGAACCGAGAAACCUCCGCUUGGGGUUGUCCACAGAUGGCAUCAAUCCAUACGGAGAUUUAUCAACGAAAUAUAGUUGUUGGCCUGUGAUUGCUACAAUAUACAACCUUCCACCAUGGUUAUGUAUGAGGAGGAAGUAUUUGAUGUUAACUAUGUUAAUCUCGGGACCUAAGCAACCAGGAUACGACAUAAAUGUCUACCUAGCACCUUUGAUUGAUGAUCUCAAACUUAUGUGGGAAGAAGGUGUUCAGUGUUUUGAUGCACAUAGAAAUGAGAGAUUCACCCUGCGAGCUGUCUUACUGUGA